UCCAGCAUUGCAGAUCAGAUACUCGGAAGACUUAGACUGAGACUCUGACGCCAACAUGUUGUUGUUCCUCUGCUUGUUUGUUGUCACUCUGGGUGCUGUGUCUCCAUCAGAUGUCCAUCCAGUGAAGCUGCAGCGCGGCAACUGUCCCAUGUUCUGGUGGAGCUUCAAUGGCCGCUGCUACAAGUACGUCGCCUCACGUUUGACCUGGGCUGAUGCAGAACUCCACUGUGUGUCACAGGGAGCCAACCUGGUGGCUAUCCACAGUGUGGAAGAACAUAACUUUGUCAAUUCCCUGAUCAAUAACUUUGACCCUGCCCGAGGAUAUACGUGGAUUGGAAUCAGCGACACAGCGAAAGAAGGAGGAUGGACGUGGUCUGAUGGGUCUGCAGUUGACUUCGUCCUUUGGGAUGCAGGACAGCCAGACAACGCUGGAGGACAUGAAAACUGUGGACACACAAACUAUGGCCCAAAAUUGAAAUGGAAUGAUUAUCCGUGUUCUAAGCUGUUUACUUUUGUUUGUGAAACUCGCUUAGUUUGUCCUUAGCAACUAAGAUGUUUUUUUCUGAUUAAACUCAAGGACUUUCCAAGACUGCAAGAUAAAUCUAAAAAUGUUCAUGUUUAUGUAUACAGAAAUCAUUUCACUAACUUUCAUUUUUGCAUGUUGAACAAAUGUCUCAAAUUUUUCUUUUUUUCUUACUGACCCAUAGAAAAUUUUAUAGAUUUAGCAGAAAACGUAUGUUAACUCUAGUGAAUAAUGAAUGGAAAAAAUGCUAUCUCAGAUGUAACUCAUAAAUAAAGGUAUACUUUGAUGACAAUAAUGUUGUUGUGUUUUUUAAAGAGGUUCAAAACUCUUUUGGAUCUCCACCAAAAGAUUUUAUGUUAUAUCUUUGAGUCUGUUGUUAAGAUCCAGGCCAUGUA